CAAAACACUCAAUUCAUGUGUCAAAGACCAUCAGGUGUGCUUUAACGUAAACAUUGUUUUGAAUCAUUUUAAAUCCGAUCUCAAAGAACAUUAUGGCAGACGAAAAUGCUAGAAAUGUAGUGUUUAUGCAAAGUAAUUGCGCUGCGAUUGAAGGAAGUGCUCUGGUGUCCGGCUACGAUUUCAACACUGGCGUUAACUAUGACAAAAUACUGGAUUCGUAUCUGACAACCGGAUUUCAAGCGACAAAUUUCGGUAAAGCGGUUCAGGAAAUCAAUAAAAUGCUAGAUGCCAGGGAGAUUCCGUUGACAUCCGACCAACAGGACGUGUACGAAGAUGACAAUUUCAUCAAGAGGAAGACAAAUUGCACCAUAUUCCUAGGCUAUACAUCCAAUAUCGUGUCAUCUGGAUUGAGAGAAACUAUCCGAUUUUUGGUUCAACAUAAAUUGGUUGAUUGUAUCGUAUCCACCGCUGGCGGUGUUGAAGAGGAUUUUAUUAAAUGUAUGGCAGAGACGUACGUCGGAUCGUUUGAAUUGCCUGGUGCAGAUUUGCGUGAGAAGGGAAUCAACCGGAUCGGUAAUUUGUUGGUGCCCAACGAAAAUUAUUGCAAAUUUGAGAAAUGGGUGUACCCGAUCUUGGACGAAAUGCUCAGCGAACAGAAAGCCGACAAUGUUUUGUGGACACCAUCGAAAGUCAUACAACGAUUGGGCGAACGUAUCAACGAUGAAAGAUCGAUCUAUUAUUGGGCAGCCAAGAACGAAAUUCCGGUAUUUUGUCCAGCACUGACCGAUGGCAGCCUCGGCGACAUAAUGUAUUUCCAUUCGUACAAAAGUCCAGGAUUCGUGGUGGAUAUCAUAUCCGAUUUGAAACGAUUGAAUUCAAUGGCUCAGAAGGCCAUCAAUUCUGGAAUGGUUAUCGUUGGUGGUGGCUUAAUCAAACAUCACAUUUGCAACGCUAAUCUGAUGCGGAAUGGAGCUGAUUUCUCUGUAUUUUUGAACACGGCCUCUGAAUUCGAUGGAAGUGACAGCGGUGCUCGACCAGAUGAAGCUGUUUCGUGGGGUAAAAUAAAGAAAGAUGCAAGUCCGGUAAAAAUUUAUGCGGAAGCUAGUUUGGUACUACCACUGUUGGUUGGGGAAACAUUUGCUAAACGGCAUUUCCGGCUGAAUAAAUAAUUUGCUGC